AUGUCGGCUGUGCAGGGGGAGCAGCAGGGAUUCCUAAAGGGGGCCUACAAGAAAGCUGGGGAGGGACUGUUCACCAGGGCAUGUACUCCUGCUAUCAGCCAGGUCAUCCAGAAGCGGUGUAUGGAGAUCUACAUGGACAAUGUCCUAGAGGAGAUGGCAGUGUUGGUGCUGGAGGACCUUCUCUCUGUCUGCAAGGACACCAUUGCCAACUCUGCAUUGCCGCCAGGUCUCGGGAAGCGUGUGAUGCAGUCGGCGUGUUUUCAGUCCUCUCCUUUUGCCAUAACCUCAUGCCGUGCCGGCUGCUCGCCCGCUGCUCCGGCGCUCACCCUCCUCCGGAAAGCUGGGCCCGUGUCUGAGAGCCAGCAGGAGGAGAUGCAGGUUGACAUUGUGGACAUCUAUGAGUCUAUCCGUGAAAGGCAGCGUCAUGACAGUGAAAGGUCUACCUGCAGCACCUUGGAGCAGAACGACAUCGAAGCCGUUGAAGCGCUUGUUUGUAUGAGCUCCUGGGGUCAAAGAUCACAGAAAGGUGACAUAUUAAAGAUAAGGCCACUUACGCCCUUCUCGGAUUCUGGUGAUUUCACAAUGCACGCUGAGGCUACGUCUGAAUUACCAAAGGACUAUUUAUCUACGCUGUGCAUGACCCCUCCGCACAGCCCUGACUUUGUCGAGAUAUCAGCUGCUAUGCUCCUCUCCUCACAAGUCACUUACUCCAAACCGAGGACUGUCAUGGCAAAUACAGCUGCCUGCUCAGUCACGUCAGCGACCGGUGCCUCUCCCAUACCCAAGCCAUCUGUUACCAACGUGGAGCGACAGUGCACUCAGAAGCCGGUGACGUCCGAAUCCUUUGCCCCUCAGCCUUGCAGGGCCAUGGCGACAAGCGUGAUACGGCACACAGGUGAUAGUUCUGCUUACCAUCACAUUCCUGCUGCGCAAGAGAAAACAAAGGUAACUUCAGGCUACGGCGCUUCCAGAGACUGGUGUGGAGCGGAUGACCGAAGACAUUCCAGGCUGCCACAGGACACGUGUGCUGCAGAUGAUUUAAUUAACAAAACCUCUCCAGUACAUCAGCCUUAUGCACAUGACUCCAGUGAUACUGUGACCAAUAAAGGACAGAUACCAGUCCGGCCCGUUUCACCACAGACCCACUUACCAAAGAAUUGUGAGAAUGACUUGCAAAAAAGAGCUACCCCGGUGACACCUGCCCCCGUUUCAAGCCCUCAGGUUCUCUGUCAAAUGAUCCCUUUCAAUGGACAAAGCAGUAUGAUCAAUGCCUAUGUCAAGCCUUCAACUCCAACAGUCUCGACUCCCAUGAAACCUAUUUUGCCGCAGACAGCCCCGCUCUCUCAGCCUGUGCUCAUGGGACCUUCUGUGCCUCAGGGGACCGUCAUGCUGGUUCUUCCACAGACUGCUGUCACACAGACACCACAGUGCCCCCAAACAGUAAUGACUGUUGGGAACACCAAGUUACUGCCCCUUGCUCCUGCUCCUGUGUUCAUAGCUUCUGGUCAAAGCUGUGCCCCCCAGAUGGACUUUUCUAGACGGAGGAAUUAUGUUUGCAACUUCCCUGGGUGCAAGAAAACCUACUUCAAAAGCUCCCACCUCAAAGCCCACCUUCGCACCCACACUGGAGAAAAGCCUUUCAGCUGCAACUGGGAAGGCUGUGACAAGAAGUUUGCCCGCUCAGAUGAACUGUCACGCCACCGUAGAACUCACACGGGAGAGAAGAAGUUUGCUUGUCCCGUGUGUGAGCGUCGCUUCAUGCGCAGCGAUCACUUGACAAAGCACACCCGCCGCCAUAUGACCACGAAGAAGAUCCCCAGCUGGCAGACAGAGGUUGGCAAACUCAACAGAAUUGCCACAGCAGAGAAACCGAAAAGCAGCAGCUCUCUGAGUAUGCUCAUCCCCAUGCCGUCGUCGGUCUGUCAGGGCUAGCGAGAGGAAACUCCUUCUCUACAAACUUUCUGAAAACCAGGAAGAGCUCUGAUGGUUGCAACAGAACUGACAAUGGCUUCCCCCCCUCCUCCUUGUUUGUGCAUACUUUAGUUUCCCUU